AUGGGCGUGGAGUGGAUCACAGGUGGGAUGUGUGAAACGCUUUUGCCGGUCUGUGACGAAGCAAUGGAUCUCUGUGUCCUUCGCAUCGAUGAGUACAUGAUUCACGGAGACAGCCUCCUUGUUCAGAUGGUUGACGAUGGGAAGUUGGUCUGUCCCGCAGAGGAGGCCGAGGGAAUGUUGGGCAUGUUUUCCCCAGUUGACAGCCGGAUUCCAGGCGAUAAACACACGAUGUGGUCGCACAUUAUCGUGUCUUGGGGCCAUGAGUACGGCGCCUACUGCGAGUUUCGAGAGGUUGUGGGUGGCUCUCGCCUGGAAUCCGUCCUAAAGAACCUGGGCAGCCGCGGCUUGUCUGGGAAGGCGCUCCCACCGCCAGAGAAGGAGAAGGCUCCGCCGCCAAGAGUCAUCUUCCAGAAGAGUGCGCGCCCGUUGUUCGUCGCCUUCAGCCCCUCUGCGUCUACCCGCUAUUCCAAGCAGCUUGGCACCCGCGUGCCGUGCUUCGGUCGGAAGGAGCGCGUGCAGCUCCACAAGUGGCUCCAGGCAAGAACAGAGGCGGAACCGGAGAUCAGGAAGGCACGAGAGGAGAGGGACGAAAAGGAGGAGAACGGAGAGGACGUGAGCAAGAUUCCGGUACCCGAGCUACCAAAGCCUCCACCUGAGCUGGAGCAGUUCUUGUCCGAUUCGGUCUACCCCGUCAUGAUCCUGGAAGCAGAGGACAUGCCCUUCGAAUAUACGAAAGAUUAUGGCCGCUGCAGCAUUGCCAUGGACUACGCCCAGGCAGUUUCAGAUGCAGGGCAAGGCCCAGGGCGUUCCUGCGCCAUCGCCGUAGGCCAGAAUUUCGAUUCCUUUGCGAAGAACGCCUCUUCUGUGGAGACGUUGAUGAAGCUGACAGAGAACUACAUGCCGACGCUCUUCGCCACU